AUGAGCCAGACGAGUUACAGGAACAGCCCACUGGGCAACGGUCCUUCCGUCGGUUCUGAUCAGACAGACACGCGCAAGCGUCAGAGCAAAAAGGACGAGGCGAUCCGCAAGAAGAUCGAAGCCGACCUGCAGCGCAAAGCCGGCAAGUCUGCCGCCCCAACCUCUUCACGACGCCACCGAAAGGCAUCGAGGCCUGCUGCGGUGGCUGGCACCGUCUCAGCUUUGCGGCCCCUUCCGGCAUUGACAGUGCCCCAGAGCAUCAGUGUCGCUGAUGCGAGUCAGCUGUGCGCUGCAAAGCGCACCGAUUGCGUUCUUGUGGUCGAUGAUGACGAGCACCUGGCAGGGAUCUUCACAGCUAAAGAUCUCGCAUUCAGAGUAGUAGCUGGCAACCUUGAUGCCCGCGUCACGCCAGUAUCUGCUAUCAUGACGCGCUCGCCGAUGGUCACUCGAGAUACGACGUCCGCAACAGAUGCGCUCAACACGAUGGUCACGCGAGGCUUCAGGCAUCUUCCAGUUUGCAAUGACGAGGGCGAUGUCGUUGGUCUGCUCGACAUUGCCAAGGUGUUCUACGAGGCAUUGGAGAAGCUGGAACGUGCUCAUGGAAGCAGUCAGAAGCUCUACAACGCGCUUGAGGGCGUGCAGAGCGAAUGGGGAGCAGGCGUUUCGGGGGGCGCUCAGAACCCCAUGCUUGCCUAUGUCGAAGCACUGCGUCAAAAGAUGAGCAUUCCAGACCUGACCACCAUUCUCGACUCGCGCACCUUGCCGUGCACUGUUGGGGUGCGCACCACCGUUCGAGAAGCCGCGAAGCUCAUGAAGGAGCAUCACACCACCGCCGUGUGUGUCAUGGAGAACGCUGGAGGACCAGGGCAGGGUGCGAUCGGCGGCUCAGGUGGCAUUGUCACUGGCAAGAUUGCAGGUAUCUUCACCAGCAAGGAUGUCGUUCUGCGCGUCAUUGCUGCUGGGCUCGAUCCCAAGACGUGCAGCGUGGUCCGCGUUAUGACGCCUCACCCGGACACUGCGCCUCCAAGCUUGAGCAUUCAGGAGGCUCUGCGCAAGAUGCAUGAUGGGCGCUACCUCAACUUGCCUGUUGUAGAUGUCGAGUCGCGUCUUGUUGGAGUGGUAGACGUGCUCAAGCUCACCUACGCCACCCUGGAGCAAAUCAACAGCAUGAACGAUGAGUCUGGCGGUGAAGGUGGCGGAGGACCAAUGUGGAACCGCUUCUGGAACUCCUUUGGACAGUCCACCAGCAACGUUGGUGGUGGCGCGGAAGAUACCGAGAGCGCGAUGAGCGGCAGCCACCGACUUGAAAGCCACGACCUGCCAGCCACCCCGAGCAAAUUCGACAUUAGUUCCGAUCUGCAUCCCAACGAUAGCGCCAGCGCUGUUGGUGGGCCAACGCAGCACGACGACGCCAUCUCGGGCGUCAACUUCCCGUCAGGCUUGAACCCUGCCGCAGCCGCAGAAGUAGAUGAUGGGACUUACCUAUUCAAGUUCGUCACGCCUAGCGGCAGGACACACCGUUUCCAAGCGCGCUACGACAAUUUUGACACCAUCAGGGAGAUCAUUCUUAUCAAGUUGGAGAGCGACCCCUUCUUCGAAGUAAACGUUCCUGCACAGGCAGUCACAGCUUCUGACGAUGGAGAGCAAUCCGCAGCUCCACUUGCCACUCCGAUUACUCCGCCCGAUGCCAACGAUUUCACUUUGGCCUACACUGACGAUGAGGAUGAUGUUGUGCUCAUCACAGCUGACGGGGACGUUCUGGACGCGGUUCAAGUGGCUCGCAAGCAAGGCAGGGACCGUGUGGUACUGCUUUUGCAGGGAGGCAGAGGAUGGGAAGAGGCAGCGGCUCGGGCAGGCGCUCAUGCGCAAGCCACCACCAGCUCCAACCUGAGCACUGCAGGAGCAGCUCACAAGCGCAAAGCGAGAGAAGCGGCAGAAGCUCAAUUGCAGAGCGUUCAGGAGGAAGAAGAGAGGGAAGCUGAGAUCAACGAGGUUGGCGAGAGGGCUACACCCUCGAGCAGGAAACAUAGACCCAAAAAGGAGGAGGAACUCCUUUUUGGAUUCUUGCCCAAGGACAUGGCUUUGCCUGCUGCUAUCGGCUUCCUCGGCGUCGCUGUGCUCGUCGGCGUGGUCGCUACAAGACCUCGCGGUCCACAAUACUGA